AACAAGAGCAGGUCGGUUCUUCGCGGCCGCGAUUCUCCGUUUAGAAGCGAUCUGAAGCUCCCGUGAAGGAAGACGGGUACCAACCGGUCCGCCAACGGAUCAUGGAGCGGACAGAUAGUGGCACAUACAGCCGUGCUCAGUACAGCCUCCAGCUCAGCACCGUCAUCGCCGUAUCCCUCACUCUUUUGGCAGGACUCCUCCUUUACUACGCCAUGACAUUGUGGAAAACUACAACAGAGCCCGAUGACACCACGGUCGUCACUCCGCUUGGACGCAUAAAGGGGAUAAUAGAGCACCUCGAUGCUGACUUGAGCGCGUUUGCUUUUCUGGGAGUCCCGUACGGUAGGACGACUGCGUUGCAUCGACGCUUCAGGAUACCGAAAGCAGUGGGAAAGUGGAGGACCCUUCUGCAAGCGAACGAGAAGAGGCCCCCUUGCCCUCAGCCGCCGCAUUACGUCACAAGUACGCUGCUCCUUCACAACGCGCAGGUUACAGAGGACUGCCUCCACCUGAACAUUUGGAAACCUCCAAAGGGAUCUAAAAUGCCCGUUCUAUUCGUCAUCUAUGGGUCCGACCACGUAAACGGAGGGAACCACGCCCCUUUCAUCGACGGUCGCUACGUCGCCGCCCACGGCGGGGUCGUCGUCGUAGUCCCAAGCUACCGCCUCAAUCUCUUCGGUUUUUUGUCGUCCGAGAUCGUCGGAAUCGACUCCAACGCGGGACUCCACGACCUCCUGCUAGCGCUGAGUUGGGUGCGUUCCAACAUCAAGUCUUUCGACGGCAACCCCGAUAAUGUCAUAAUCCAUGGUCUGGGAUCGGGGGCCGUUUUAGCCAGCAACCUUUACGUGUCCCCAAUGCUUAAGGGCGCAGUCCGACGCUUCGUGCUACAGGGCGGCUCUGGUUACACACUGCCGCAGCUGAGAAGAAAGAAUGACACCGAAGAUUUCUUAGAGUACGCGCGACGCCUCGAUUGCGAUGAUAGCGACGUGGACAGCGCCCUCAGUUGCAUUCGGGAACAGAAGUUAGAAGACUUGUUGUUGCACUAUAAUCCGUACGACUUCACCUUCUUCCCCAGAAAAGAUGGCACGCUUCUUCCCUUUGACGUUGUGGACAUUCUCGAACGCGGAAAGCUUCCGGAGGCCGAAUUUCUCGUGGGGAAUGUGAUGAACGAAGGCGCUACAUUCCACGAGUACAUCCUGCUGAGGUUAUCGGGCAUUUCUGCCGACGAAGACACCAUGGACCGUAUAAUCCAACGGGCCUUCGACUACCGCUUGUCCCGCUAUUACGUGCCGGAAACUGAGACAUCUGCGAUUCAACGUAAAUAUGAACUGGCAAAAGCGAAAGAACAUCCCGGGGCAGACGUCCUGGAGGUCCUUGCUGAAGCGAUGGGAGACGCGAUGUACGUUUGCCCAACGUGCAUGUUUGCGGAUAAAGUUGCAGCUUCAGGUUCGAAGGUGUACUAUUACGUGUACGACUACAGGCCUACAUUUAGUGCAUUCGAUGAGGAAGCAGGUGUUGGUCAUCUGGAGGAUGCAUAUAUCAUGUUUGGAAACGCCUUCGCGGCGAGGAAUGCCACGAAGAAGGAAAAAGAGCUCUCGCUGAGGAUGAUUCGGAUGCUAUCGAGUUUUGCUAAGACUGGGCUACCUUGGCGACAAGGCAGUGAUAAGUGGCUCCCGUUUGAACGCCACAGGCGUUUUUAUAACGUAAUAAAGCUGCUCACUUCGUCCAUUGCACAGAAGUUCCGCGAAGACUACUGUACAGAGUGGAAGGCCUUACUGUACAGAUAGAAUAUGCUCGCACAUUAUUCACGAAAUGUGCAACGAUUGCGCUACUCUUUGUUGUACGAUCGAUUGUUUGAGUAAUAAAUAUACCGGAGCCUGUUCA